AUGUUCUCGGCUUUAUUGCAACAAAAACAAGUUCUUGGUUUGCUGCCAGGUAUUGCGAUUUGUCAUGAAGCUCCCUCGGUUAACCACUUGAUUUUUGCGGAUGACAACAUAUUGUACGCUCAAGCUUCUAUUGAGGCAUGUUAUGAAAUUCAGGAUGUGAUUGAGACCUAUGGUAGAGCAUCAGGGCAGCUUGUAAACUUCAAUAAGAGCUCAAUUGUUUUCAAUAAGAACGUUGAUGCAGAUUUACAGGAUGAUGUGGCUUCAUUGAUGGGAGUAGAGAUUGUAGAGCCUCAUGAAAGGUACUUAGGACUCCCAACUUAUGUGGGACGUAAGAAAACAACAACCUUUCAAUAUAUCAUGGAUAACUUGGCCAAGAAGCUUAAACAUUGGCAAGGGAAGAUGCUCAGUGAUGCAGGUAAGGACACUUUAAUUCGGGUUGUGGCUCAAGCUCUCCCAUUCUAUGUCAUGGGUGUGUUUCAGUUAACGAAGAAUUUUGUGAGGAUUUGGAACAAAUGUGUGCUAGAUUUUGGAAGGGAAGCACAGAAGACAAAAGAAAAAUUCAUUGGAAAGCAUGGGAUUUCCUUUGCCAUCCUAAACAAGAUAGAGGUGCACCUUCCUAUUCUUGGAGAAGCAUCUUUGGGACAAGAGAGUUGUUACGGUCUGGCUCUUACUGGCAAAUUGGUUCUGGGGAAAAUGUUCGAGUUUGGAUGGAUGCUUGGGCCAGGUUUAUGGGAUGACAUGAAAAUCAGGUCCUUGUCCAAUGAAGUAGAAGCAGCAGCUAUAUUAGCAAUACCUCUUUCUCAACAUAUAGUGCAUGAUAGAGUUGCAUGGAAACUAGAGAAGAAAGGGUCCGGGCGUAUUGGAAUGGUACUACGUGAUACUACUGGUCAGUUUCUUGCUGCAAAGGGAAGACCAGUGAUGGGAUUAAUGUUGGGAAGAAUUUAUGAAGGCUUGGGAGUACUGUUGGAGACUCUACCUAAUGUCAGGAUUGUGCAUACUGCUGAAAUCAAAGAUCUAGGGAUUUGGGAGAGCAGAAAGCUAGAGGAAGAAGACGAUGGUUUUCUUAUUAAGAAUUGUACUUGA